CCCAACCUAAUUGAAUUGAUUUUUCGAUUCCUUACACCCUUGCAUAUUCUCCUUGUGCUAUAAUAUUACCUCUCAUUUUUUAAAACGGAAAUUAUAUUUGUUUAAAAUAAAAAGGAUAAAGGAAAAAUGGGGUAAUUUCGGAAUGUACGUAGAAACUGGGGCCCACUUGUUCUGACAAAUCAGCGAAAGGUGGUGUAUUGACGUGGCAUACCAAGCUGCAAAAUGGAACGAAGUGGAACCUCCAACAACACAAAAAUUCUCACCGGUACAAAUUUGGACAUAAUUUUACCACCAAAAAGAAAAGAAAAGAAAAGAAAAGAAAAAAAUAUAUAUAAAAGAGAAUAUUAAAUUGGAGAAUUUUGGAAUUCUUUUGUUUAGAUUCUGAGACUGAAACUCCCUCUGCACCGUACUGAUUUUGAGGGCUCAUCGGCGUAAGUUUUCUUCGUUGAUUCGACGGCGAGGCGCUUUGGUUGCAGUAAUGCAUCCCUUAACUCCGGCGAUUCGUUUUUCUUGAUGAAAUUUAGAACUUCCCCAGCCAGACAAGCGAUGGGAGAGCUCAAUCGUGUAGAGUAUGUGUCGGUUGGCGAAACGCCAACUCCUUCAGCUCAUAAUGUAAAGAAACUUUCCGUACUGCCACUUGUGUUUCUCAUUUUCUAUGAGGUUUCUGGCGGUCCAUUUGGAGUUGAGGACAGUGUUGGGGCAGCUGGCCCUCUGUUGGCUCUUCUUGGGUUCCUGGUCUUUCCAUUUAUAUGGAGUAUUCCUGAAGCAUUGAUUACUGCUGAGAUGGGGACUAUGUUCCCUGAAAAUGGUGGUUAUGUUGUUUGGGUUUCUUCUGCCUUGGGUCCGUUUUGGGGGUUUCAGCAGGGAUGGAUGAAAUGGCUUAGUGGAGUUAUUGAUAAUGCUUUAUAUCCUGUGUUGUUUCUUGAUUAUUUGGAGUCAGAGAUCCCAGCUCUUGGCGGUGGUUUUCCAAGAGUAGCUGCUGUCUUGGCUUUGACGGUGAUCCUCACUUACAUGAAUUAUAGAGGAUUAACAAUUGUUGGUUGGGUUGCGGUAGUCCUAGGUGUUUUCUCAAUCCUCCCUUUUGCGGUUAUGGGACUCGUGUCUAUUCCCAAUCUCCGGCCAGAUGGAUGGCUCGUGGUGAACCUGCGAGAUGUUGACUGGAAUCUGUAUUUGAACACUCUUUUCUGGAAUUUGAAUUAUUGGGAUUCGAUUAGUACUUUGGCUGGAGAAGUGGAUAACCCAAACAAAACACUUCCUAAAGGACUGUUUUAUGCUUUGAUUUUGGUUGUUCUUGGGUACUUUUUGCCUCUUUUAAGUGGGACAGGAGCUAUUCCGCUUAAUCGUGACUCAUGGACUGACGGCUACUUUUCUGAUGUUGCCAAAAUGAUUGGAGGGGCUUGGUUGAGUUGGUGGGUCCAAGGGGCUGCUGCCAUGUCGAAUAUGGGAAUGUUUGUGGCUGAGAUGAGCAGUGAUUCUUUCCAACUUCUUGGAAUGGCAGAACGCGGUAUGCUGCCCGAGUUCUUCAGCAAGCGAUCUCGUCAUGGGACACCAUUGAUUGGGAUACUGUUCUCAGCCUCAGGUGUUGUCUUGCUUUCAUGGUUGAGCUUCCAAGAAAUCGUAGCAGCAGAGAACUUCUUGUACUGUUUUGGGAUGAUUUUGGAAUUCAUAGCGUUCGUAAAGCUAAGGAUUAAACAUCCAGCUGCAUCACGACCUUACAAGAUUCCAGUGGGAACCGCUGGAUCAAUCCUGAUGUGCGUCCCUCCAACAAUAUUAAUAUGCAUAGUGCUGGCCCUUUCAACAGCCAAGGUGAUGAUUGUGAGUCUAGUUGCUGUGGCAAUUGGCGUAAUGUUGCACCCUGGUCUCAAGUAUGUUGAAAAGAAGAGAUGGCUCAAAUUCUCAGUCAGUUCUGACCUCCCUGAUCUUCAUUUCGCCAACCGGGACCGCACAGACACCUUAGUAUAUUAAUGCAAUUUCCCUGGCCCCAGCUUCAAAGAAGGCUCGUUCGAAGAUGCUUGCACUGUGUUGGAGAUCUCAUCUAAAUCUAUACCUGGCAGGCCAAAAAUCUUGUAAGUUCAGUCUGUUUUAAUCUGUGCUUAAGCUGUAGUGUUAUCAUAUUUAUCAUCCUAGUUUUAGAAUGAUGAUAGAUAGAAAAUCAGAAAAGAAGCAAUCUCGGUUAUUUAGAUGAAGGUUCAAUUAAUAACACUGCUUGUUGAGUUCUAACCCCAUGCUUCAUUGUCCUUGAAACAUUCCAUUAAAAUAAAAAAUGCCUUCUGCACACACCUCUCUCUCUCCCUCUUUGGAUUA